AUGGUGCCAUGCGGGGAUGCCGCACUUCGUCUUCCCGAGUGUGGAGCAUCCAUCUCGCACGAGAAGCUCCAACCUACUGAGGACGUGGCAUUCGAGGGAUCGGACAGCUCUAGGGUCUUCGACGCCAUCGGCCAGUGUCUGACCGCCAUCCCACCCUAUGCAGCAAGAAGGGGCGGCGAGGACCUCAAAGACGUGAGAAAAACCGAGCUGGACGAGUUCAGUACUACCUUGAAGACAUUUUCAACUGGACACUUUACGAGGGCUUUGAAUAUGUUAUCCGUUGCGUCGCUCCUCAAUCCGAUUACCUCGGAGCAAGGAUGCUAUCACCGAUCGGGUGAUUUCUUGGAGAAAUACAACGGAGAAAUAUCAGCAAUGCCCUCUCGGCCCGUAAAGAAGCAAAAGGUAGCCAAAGACGCUGCUAUCUUUGCCAAGGGAAAGGCCAGAGGACAAGUUCGAUAUCCACCUUUCGAAGCAGUUGACGAAGAAUCGGCAAGCCACCAUAGAAGAUUUCAGAUGUUUCCCAUGGGGCACAUUGCGGAAUAUUGCAGGCAUAUCCCGUACAAUAGCGAGAAGAAGUCAUUCCUAGAGAAGACUGGCCGGGAGAGCUUCGAGGUAUUUCAGUAUACGUUCCGAGUCCCUGGCGACGAUCGAGAAUACACAGUCAUGUGGGACUACAACGUCGGACUAGUAAGGAUUACACCAUUCUUUAAAUGCUGCAAAUACUCAAAGACGACUCCAGCAAAGAUGCUCAAUAGUAAUCCUGGUCUUCGUGAUCUCUGCCACAGUAUCACAGGUGGCGCUCUUGCGGCUCAAGGCUACUGGAUGCCAUAUGACGCAGCUAAGGCAAUUGCAGCGACCUUUUGCUAUAAUAUCCGCCAUGCGUUGACGCCCGUUUUUGGGCCCGAUUUUCUUGCGCUUUGCAUUCAUCCAGACGACCCAAUCUUUGGUCGAAUGGUUAUUGACAAAUCCAUCAUUCGCAAAUGUACCGCGGACGCCGAAGAACUUCGGGUCUUGGGUGAGGCUCGGCUGCGAGCUAGACAAGCUAGAAAAGAAGACGAGACAAGAUUUAUCGUUUCAGUUGAUGACACUUCACGCUGGGCGCCGAGGGUACUUCGACCCAGGUUGAACAAGGCCAUUGACGUUGAAAGUGGCUACGGAACCGAUACCGAUCAAAGCGACCGACAUUUGAAAUCGCCGAAAGAUCUUUCAACGAAGUUCGGCUGGACAGUGCUCAAUACAGCAGCAUCUUCCUUGAAAAGCCAGGCAUCCAUCUGCUCAGCGUCCGUGUGGUCGCCAUCAAGCCCUAGUGUAAGCAGCGAUGCGAGCAGCGAAUCGAAAAUAGAUUGUUCCGUGCAAGAGGAGGACCGUGAUAUGGACAGUCUCUCCGAUGGUCAUCUUUCGGCUCCUCGAUCUGCACCGCAACUAGAAAGGAGGCCGUCCACGCUCACUUAUUCAGGCGAAACCAAAGCAGCGUAUAUGUUGAUGCAGAUGUACAUGGCUGACGCAGCGCUUACCAGUGAAAGCUUCAAACGCCGUCGCUCUUCCUUUUAA